AAUCAAAACAUCAUGCGAUCGAGAGCAUAGAGUGGCUAGAUACUUCCGGUCAGCGGUAGACACCUCGACACACUCACUAACCUUCUCGGGCACCUCUACGAAUGCAUACGAAUGUCUCGGAAAACAAAGGAAGAGUAUCAUCGGUUCUUCUCUGUGACAGAUCCACGCACGCACGAAAAAGGACACACGGAGUAUAAAGUCUCUGCAAGGUUUGUGUCAAAGAAGAGGCCCGAGGACGUGAAAGAGGUGGUGGUAUGGCGGCGCUAUUCGGAGCUGAAGAAGCUGCACGGCGAGCUGGCGUACACGCACAGGAAUCUCUUCCGACGCCAGGAGGAGUUCCCACCCUUCCCUCGAGCCCAGCUCUUCGGGAGGUUUGAUGAAUCGGUGAUAGAGGAGAGGAGGAAGGCAGCAGAGGCAAUGUUACUCUUCACCACCAACAUCCCGGCCCUGUACAACAGCCCACAGCUGAAGGACUUCUUCAGAGGUGGAGAAGUAAGGAGACCCUUAGACCUUACUUCCCUCUCCUCUACCUCCCUACCUCCCCCCCUCAUACCUUUGCCGAAAAGGUCGGCAGAGUUUGGAACAGAGGAGGAGGAAGGGACAGAGGAACCAGUCCAGCCCCAAGAAGAGGGUUCAAUGCUGAAUGCUGAUCUAAGUGAGCCUGAGGCUGCGGUGGAGGCCUACAGUGAGAUGGAGAACAGUCCCACACAGAUAACGCCAACAAAGGAACAACCAGAGACACACAGUAGCACCGAACAGCAUGCUACAGCACCCAGCCUAGAUCCCACAGCUCUGGGUAAAUCAGAGACUCAGGAGGAAUUUGAUUUGCUGUUUGACUGCGUUGGGGAGGAACUUCUAGAGGAGGCCCCACCCCCUCUCUCAGACAGAGAUCUUGCCAUCUUUGACCCCUGUGCCAAAGAAGACCAUCCCAACAUGUCACGUGACCACUCGGAGCUCCUGUCUCUCCCGCUGGCUAAUCAUGGCAGCACACUAGGGCCCGGCGAGGAUGCGGGGUAUCUGACCCAGGCAGCCAAUGAGCUGAACGCAGCAAUGGAGAGGGAAAAGGAGGGGGAGUACGGAGCGGCCAUUCAGAGGUACAGGACAGCGGUGGACAUCCUUCUCCAAGGAGCCCAGGGGGACCCAGACACUCAGCGCAGGGAUUCGGUGAAGCGGAGAACAGCUCAGUACCUGAAACACGCUGAGAUGCUACUGUCCCUGCAGACUCCCACUCCCACUCCCACUCAGGAAAAGGACACAUAGGCAGGAACAUACACUCCGAAACACUUCAGCCAUGUAAUGCACUCCCACACCAAAACUUUCACCUCACUCAUUUUGAUUUGGACACCCAGCAAACACAUGGAGCCCAACACACAUUCAUACACAUACACAUACACACCUCACAUACACAGACGAACACAGCCUUACACUACAUACAUGCAUUCAGUUAGCUGGCUAGCACAAUGAAACAGCACAACAGUAAUCUUACAAAUUUCCUACAAAUUUAAAAGUCACAAUAAAACUGGCUACAGACAGAUUGUGAUAAGCCUUACUGAAGAAAAUUCAGCAACCUUCUCAACUUAAUUUAUUUUCCUCUCCAGGUCAAACUUCAUGUUUAGUGAUUUGGUGUAAAUGUAAGUAAUGUUUUGUUAAAUGUGUCUGGUCAUUUGAAAUAUAAUUGUUCUCUUUUACAGUAAAAAAGUAUUAUCAUUUGGAAUCAUCAGUUGUAAUACAGGUUGCCCACUAGGUGGCACUAGGUGGAAUUGGGAUGACCCCUCCAGACUUGUCCACCUGAGACAAAGGCAGCAACAAUGGACUUAUCGGUGUAUAGAGGGGCUCCUUCGAGAUCCCUAGCACCUUUACUGGAGCAGAGAGGGGGGAGGGGAAGAGAGAUAAUAAAACAGGAUGAGGGGAAAGCUCAGGUGAUUUAGGGAUAAGAGUGAAUGACUUCUAUCCUCCCCAGCAGAGGGGAAAAACACCUCUUUUUCUCUGUCUGUCUCUGUUUUUUCCUCUUUGUGUGCCCGCCUCUGGCCUGUUAUUUGGGAGACCUGAGAGAGGACAGGAACCGCUAGGGCUAGGAAAAAAAAGUGUGGAAAGCGAGGGAGUGUUGCUACAUUAGCAUGCAGUCCAUGUCCAUGUUCAGUCACUUUGGCACCACUCUCUCUCUCCCUCUCUGUCUCUCUCUCCACUGUCCUGGGCAAUUAUGCCAUCAGCGCACUCCAGUCAGAGAGAGAGGAUAAUUG